CCGGACCUGGUUGAAGCCAACAAACUCGGCUACCUAAUGCCAGCAAGUCCUUUCGCUCCGGUCCAACGCCUGCGAUCAAUUCAGGCUAUAGCGCUGAAUCAGGACUUUGUCAAACACUUUCAGCAGCGAUCCUCCGCCUCCAAACUGGCGCGCUAUUCGGCCACAACUGGUGCCCCGCCGCUGUCCUUUUUCAUUCUGCCUCGCUGGGAACAGAGGUAUCUGGGUCUGCGACCGGACAGGGACAGCAAAAAGUUGGUCAUUGCUUGCAGACGACCGCCGGAGGAUGUGCGUCUGUGGUUGCCCAAUGGGAUGUUUAAUGGGCAAUGCUGCGACCUUCAAAAUACCGCCGAGGGAAAGUCUUAA